CCAAAUCAGUUCAUACGUCACAUGACGCCACUAAAUUCAGUCCUCCGAUAUCCCAUCAUCGCUAGGGCACAUCCUUCACUGCCUGGCUCGGCCUUUUUUUGGUCAGAUUCAAUUCACAUAGCCAAGAUGGCGGAUGCAGAUUCGUGGGACGUGGACACGUUCGAGCCGGACGAGCCUGGUGUAAAGACGGCAGUAACAUUACUGGACAGAUGGGAAGGCGAGGACGAGGAUGAAGAUGUAAAGGAUAACUGGGAUGAUGAUGAGGAUGAGAAACAGGCCUCAGAGAAAAAACCAGAAGUAAAAACAGAAGCGUCACAAAAGAAAAAACUAAAUGAGAAAGAAAGGAAAAAACAGGUGGAUAAAGUUAGGACAGCGACAGCGACAGCGACGGCGACGGCAGAGCUGACGCCAGAAGAAGCAGCGGCAGAGAGACUCAGAGCGAAGCAGCUGCAGGAGGCUUCGGACUUGGAGCUGGCGAAUGACGCGUUCGGCAUCACCAAUAGUGUCCCAGUAGCGACUGCAGUAACUGGGAUUGAUGCCCUGAGACCCUCUUCUAAAGACGACUUCACGGAUUUGCAUAAGUUGCUUAAAGAGAAAAUAUCUCAGUACGAACGAUCUGUGCAUUAUUCUGGUUUCCUGGAAUCGCUGUUCCGUGAUCUCUGCAUUUCAUUGGAAGUGGAGGACUUAAAGAAAAUCAGCAACUCGUUGACAGUACUACUUAAUGAAAAACAGAAACAGGAAAAGCAAAACAAGGCGAAAAAGAAGAAGAAGGGGGUCGUGCCGGGCGGGGGCCUGAAGGCCAAGCUGAAAGACGAGCUGGUGGACUACGACGACUUUGACGGGGGCUACACCCAAGACUACGAGGACUUCAUGUGACAGCGGCUGCGCCCUCACCCCUCCACUCGUUCCGCUUCUCUCCUGGGAAGCGCUCCUUCCUCCCCCAUCGCCCCGCGGGAUCCCCUCAUUCAGUCCAGUGCCAUCCUGGAAAAGAACUGAAAGACGCAUCUCACCCCUUUACUAUACCGAAUCCGGGAAGGUUAGAAUGGCUUUACUGAGAACAUUGAACUUCACGUGACUAUGUCUCCGAGUAAAAAAGAAAACCCUCACACACACAGAACAUAAAGAGAUUUGUUCUUCGUUAAGAAAACUAAAUACUAAAAGUAACAAGGCCGCGAUUUCAGAGUUUGCGUUUUGGAAACGGCUGCACUGGAGUGAAACGCAAUGCCUGCAAUAAGUAGAUAGGUGAAAGUGCAGCAUCUUUCGACUUUGGGUUUUACUUCUUUUUCAGAGAAUAAAAAAGUGGCCUGUGGUGAAAUGGCUCCAUAGUAUUACUGCAAUUACAUGGAAAUUAUCUGGUGUUCUAUGCAAAUAAAAUCAGAGUGUCUUUA